GGGCUACGAGGAGCCCGUGACCGACAAUGUAAUAGACAUUCCGGGCAAUAUCGGCGGCGUAGUGGGCAUUCCCGACGUUGAUAGCAAUCGGAAAAACAAGGAGAGUACCCGUCUUGCGCCGAGAAUAGAGCAAAUACCAAAUAAAUUGAACAUUAGUGCUGAAGAUGAGAAAUCCAAUAAAUCAUCCUCCUUCAGCCAGCUUGUUAUGAGAGUGCAGUCUGUACAUUUUCAUAAGGGUCGGGUUAACGUCACGUGUGUAGCGCACGUUUUAUCGGUGUGGUCGGCGAGCGGAGUACUUUUGCUUGACGAGGAGAGACCUCAAAUUGCGCCUGUCAUGGGCAGCCGAGAUUCCAAUUCGGGCGUACGCAGGACUCCGUCCCUCGUUGCCGCGUUGACGUUGUUCAACAUUUUUCUGUAUUGGCAUUGGUCAAUCCGAUGAUUAGAAGACUAAGAAAAUAUAAUAAGAACUUGUCUUUUCUCGUCUCAACUCAGUGUUAGACUAAAGUUUUAGUGAAUACAAACGAAACAAUGCAGGUGAAGGGAAAGCUGCGACGUGACUUAGUAGUGAAUUUUAUACCUGUAAAUAAACUAGAUAUAAUAUGUUAGACAUUUUAAGGGAGAUAGUGAUGUUUUGCUUAACUGGCAUUAUGUAUUAAACAGUUAACUUCUACCUAAGAACUUAAAAUAAAAUGAU